AUGUUUUUUGUAUUAUUUUUUAUUCUGACUAUUGGAUAUUUAUAUUAUGAUCUCAUAUGGAAACGAAAAGCCUAUCCACCUGGUCCAACACCUCUUCCUUUUGUUGGAAAUAUUUUCCUGAUGAAUGACAAAUUCAAACCAGGUUAUAAAUUGUGGCAAAAUCUUGCGUGAGUUCAUCAGUGGAACUUCAGAAAAACAUGUAUUUCUCUAAUUCAGUGAACAAUUCGGCCCAGUUUAUACAUUUUGGUUAACCCAAUUACCAAUUGUUGUUGUGACUGAUUGGAAUUUGAUCAAAAAACAUUUCAUAAAAGAUGGAAAUAGUUAUACAGGACGUCCCGAAUUCCCACUGCAGACACAAAUGAGAAGUGAGCAUUUUUCCGGGAUUUUUUGAAGGAUAUUUUUUUCAAGAAAAAAAUUGGUAAUUUUCAGAGGGUCCUUAUGGAAUAAUUGAAUCAUUCGGAGACCGCUGGAUUCAACAACGUAGAUUUGCUCUCCACAUUUUCCGAGACUUUGGCCUUGGUAAAAAUCUUAUGGAAGAAAAAAUCAUUGGAGAAAUGCGUUCAAUGUGUGAUCAAAUAAAGAAAGUAUGCAGUGAACCAGUUGAUAUGAUGAACUAUUUUGAUGCAUCUGUUGGUAGUAUUAUCAAUGCUCUUCUUUUUGGUUAUCGAUAUGACGAAUCAAAUAUGGAAGAGUUUUUGGUGUUGAAAGCAAGAGUUGCUAAACAUAUGAAAGUUGCGGGUGAACCAGUUGGUGGAAUUAUUGGAAUGUAUCCAAAGCUUGGAAAUUUACCAAUUUUGAAAGGAUAUAAAGAUGGUUCGUUUUCCAGUUUCUCAAAAACUAUUUAUCAAAAUUUUUUCAGUGGUCGUUGGAAAUUGGGAAAGUCUUAUUGAUUUAUUCAAAAAACAAAUUAAUGAAAAAUUAGAAACCAUCGAUUAUGAUAAUGAUGAAUAUUCAGAUUAUGUUGAAGCAUUUUUAAAGGAACGAAAGAAACAUGAACAUGAGCCUAAUUUUGGGGGAUAUGAAAUGGAACAACUCGAAAGUGUUUGUUUUGAUCUAUGGUUAGCUGGAAUGGAAACAACAUCGAAUACUUUAUAUUGGGCACUUUUAUAUGUUUUGUUGAAUCCUGAAGUUAGAGAGAAGAUCUAUGAAGAAUUAGAUCGAGAAAUUGGAUCAGAUCGAAUUAUCACAACAUCAGAUAAAUCAAAACUCAAUUAUAUUAAUGCUACGAUAAAUGAAUCACAAAGAAUGGCUAAUUUAUUACCAUUCAAUCUUUCACGCACAACAACUUGCGAUGUUAUUAUAAAUGGUCACAGUGUUCCCAAAGAUACAGUAAUCGUCCCACAGAUCAGUACUGUCAUGUAUGAUGAAAAUGUAAGGAUUUUUUGAACCAUUAAAAAUUAUUUGGAAUUUUCAGAUCUUCCCAAAUGCUAUGAAAUUUAAUCCUGAUCGUUUUCUUGAAAAUGGCCAACUUUUGAAGAUCGAAGAACUUGUUCCAUUUUCAAUUGGAAAACGGCAAUGUCUUGGAGAAGGUCUCGCAAGAAUGGAACUAUUUAUUUUCUUUGCAAAUCUAUUCAACCAAUUCGAUAUAUCUCUAGAUUCCUCAAAUCCAAAUCCAUCAACAGAAAAAGAAUUUGGAGUUACUGUGAAAGCACAUAAUUACAAAGUUAUCAUGAAAUCUCGACAUUGA